ACUUUUAUUCUAGGAAUAUUUCUUCAUGCCUCAACAACCUAUCAGUUCGUUUCGAUAACCUUUACUUCUUUCUAUUAUUUUACAAUAUAAUGAGUUGAUUAUCGAAUGCAAAUAUUUCUAAUUUUAAUCGGGUCACAUUACUCUUUUUUUUAGCAGUCUUGAAACAUUCAAAAGUAAUCGAGUGUUCGGUAAGUUUAAACUACUUUCAUACGUUUUACCUACCUGCAAUUUGAACCUGUGUGUUAAAAGUGAACGUUUCUUGUUAAUUAGCGUUGACUUCUUAACCUUAUCCUGUAAAAUAAUUGCAAACUGAAGUUUUUGUACAAUGUAAUAUUGAAAUCAACGAAUUCUGAAACAUCUGAUAAGCGUGAUACGAGUAGACAGAAAUUGAAUCAAGAUUUGAGUUCUUAUCAGGCAGAAAAAAUACGAGAAUGUCUCUUUUAUCGAUCACAUUUCUUAUUUUGAGCACUUGUGUUGUUUCAAAUGUAUGUGAUCUUCUGUGUUUCGAAUGUAAUUCUGUGUACGAUGGCAUCGCUUGUGAGCAAGGCAAUAAUUUGAACGGAUUAUCUGAUUUUACCAGACCAUGCGUAGGAAGGAAUGCAAAUUACAUUGAAGAAUAUGAAAAACCUUUGUGUAGAAAAGUAGAACAAAGAAUAAAAACACGUAACAAUAUGAAAAUUAUAAAAAGAAGCUGCGGUUACGAAUUGUAUCAAAAAAAAGAUGAAGACCUCUGCUACACUUAUAGAACCGAAGAUCACGAAGAAAUAGUUUGCCAGUGUUUCGGAAAUCAUUGCAAUGGAGCUGAUAUUAAAACAUCAAGUUUUUACUGGAAUGUUGUGUGUUCUUUAUUAGUUAUAUUUUGGUACUUUAAAUGAAUAGCGAUUAUACAAUCGACCAAUAUGUGUUUCGUUACAUAAUCAUUGCCUUUAUUGAAACAUUUCAUUUAGGUAGGCGUAUAAAAUUCAUCACCGAAUUAUAAUGUAAUUACUUAUCGGA